UAUGAAAGGAAAGAAACUGAUUAACUUUAAAAGACCAAAGAGACAAUUAGAACAGAACAAGUUGAGCCUGUCCCACAAUACGAAAAACAGUUCGGUUAUUCUCGACCUUAACAAAAGUUUGAAUAAUCUGAUAAAUAUUGACGAAGAUUGUCUCAAAAAUGUUUCAAGAAUUGAUAAAUAAGCCUUUGCCAAUGAUAAUUAGCCGAGGUGAACAAAACAGUGAUAUCAGAGCUGCUCUAAACCAAGACCAAAAGAGCAGGAGACUCUUCAGCAACAGAGUGAGCCAAAAUUUGAAGAGAAAAUUUAAAAGCAAAUAGAGCUUCUCACCAAAAGAUUAAUAACUCCCUUGGAUCUUUAGUCCAAAAGGAGAUUGCUCUCCCUAGAAACAAAGAGGGUCAAGAUAAAUCUCCUGUGAUAAGAUAUCCCGGUUUAACCAAGAAUAUACAAGGAAUCUCCCAAAAUAAGAAUGUCUUUACAAGUUCUCAGAACAAGAGAAACCUCCAGGAUGAAUACUCAGUGACUCAGAUAAGUUUGCAAGACCUUGUCGGAGAGCGAAGUAGUAGUGGGGAGGGGGUCAGGAAGCCCAUUCAUAACUUUAUCUCCCAUAAUAGGAAUCCUAUGCUCGAAGCUUAUUCCAAAAUUGAUCUUAAAAAAUUUUACCUGGGAAAACACAGAGAUCCAAAACUGAGAAAUAAUAGAACGACUAGUUAUGAAAGUUUGAAUGUGAAGGAGCCCAAGAAACCAAAAUUUCAGGGAUUCCAGAAGUUUUACCAAAAUCUGAAAAAGUAUAGCACAUUGAGUUCCGAACCUCUUAUCUCUGGAUGCUGUUCGCCAAAAUCUGAUAACAUCAGUCUUGAUCAGGGGAGUAAUAACUUUGCUAGAUUUAUACCGAAAGAUAGUCAUGAGGACCUUCAGAAAUGGAAUUUUGAGUUGGCUACAAAAGUCAAGUUGAUCUCUCGUAAAGAAAUACUGAAAAACUCUGAUGAAGUUAGCAAGGUAGAUAAGCAAACCCGGAAAUAUCGGAGAUCCCUUGGCAAACUCAAGAGCAGCAAGGAAAGAGAAGUCAUUCGAUACCAUAAGCAUAAUAAGAAGGAUAAAGAAUUCUUCGUUGAAACCGAGGAUUCUAAGCUUACUAGUCAAGGAAUAAUUACUCCUGCUCAAAGUACUCCUACCAGCAAAUUCGAGGAGAUGAUGCCUGUGUACCCUCCUCGAGAAAUCAUCAUUAGAACUGAAGGGGAGAAUAAGGUUAAGGACGUAAGAAAGAGCUGAGAGCCUGACAAAAAUUUUAACCCAAAAUUUAGUAGCGAUUACGGUCUUGUUUUGAACACUAAGUAUGGUAUCUCAAAUUCUCGCAUCGGGAAAAUAGAUGAUCGGGAGCCAGUUCUCAACGAAAGUCCUCUCAAAAGAUGGAAGAGGCGCGCCAAGAGAGGUAGUCAUGGUAGAAUUCAGCUACUGAGUAAUGUGUUCUUAUCAUAAA